GUUUUGAUCUGAAAAGUCACAUGAAUGAGGGCGCUCGUCAAGAUGGCCGCUUACACGACGGAGUAAGUUUCUGUUGAAUUCUGCUGGUUGAAUGUAACUCCUUUAGUCCUUUCUGACAUAAAAGUAAUCGCCUGAUGACAAAAUGGCGGAUGACAGGGAGAUUCUACGAGAAGUGUGGGAGGGACGGAUUCCCGUCUGCUUUACUCUAGCAAGCGAUGAGGUGACGUCGGACCAACCAGAUCCGUUCUUUCUGCUUAUCUCCAGGCAAACCUACAUCACCCUGGUGACCGACAAGGUGCAGAAACACUUCAAGAAAUUCACGGAAGUGACAGAGGAUGACGAAAUGUGGUUCGACUACGAAGGACAGCCAUUGAAGUGGCAUUAUCCUGUAGGAGUUCUCUUCGACUUGUACGCUCAUGGAAUCGUCCUACCGUGGAACAUCACAGUACAUUUCAAAAACUUCCCUGAGGAGGACAUCCUACACUGUGGGAGCAAGGAAGUGAUCGAAGCUCACUACAUGUCCUGCCUCAAAGAAGCCGACGUCUUGAAACACAAGAGCCACGUCAUCAGCAACAUGCAGAAGAAGGACCACAAACAACUCUGGACGGGCCUUCAAAACGAUAAAUUUGACCAGUUCUGGGCCACCAACCGCCGGUUGAUGGAGAGGAUAUCGGACGAACCCUUCAAGCAUGUUCCCUUCAAAAUUUAUCAGCCUCACACCAUGUACAUCCAGAAGCUGUUCCGACCAGUAACAGACCAAGCAGAGCCCCUGCUACUCAAACACCUGCUAGAGGAGGCGGGGCCUGACAGCUUCAGGAACGCAGUUGGAGCCAAACCGAAGAUCUUAAUUCAAGGUAUUGAAUCACCACUGGAUACUCCCGUCCAAUGGCUGAGCGAGCAUCUUAGUCACCCCGAUAAUUUCCUCCAUAUCUGCCUGGUGCCGGCGACGCCCGCCAACCAUGAAUUGUAGCCACGCCCACGAGCUUCUCCUCGCCAUGGCAACUGGACUGUGACAUUUCUGGCACUGGUUGGGAACCGCCAACGUGACAUCAUCGCAAAUAUUUAAUAGGCGGUUUAUAGUCUGUCGCGCGAAGAUGAACGUCUGACGCUGAUGAUCGCUGGCCGCUAAUUCUUUUGGGGUAGUUUGUAGACGUCGCGCGGCGUUUUU